UUUCAUUUACCGUUUUAUACUCACGUUUCUUCUUUGAAAUUAGUUUAAAAUGUACAUUAAACAGGUCGUUAUUGACGGUUUCAAGUCGUAUGCUACACGGACGACGAUCUCUGGGUUUGAUCCCCAGUUUAAUGCGAUCACAGGGCUGAACGGCAGCGGAAAAUCAAAUAUACUUGACUCAAUUUGUUUCCUUCUUGGAAUCUCGAACUUGACACAGGUACGAGCAAGCAGUUUACAAGAACUUGUGUACAAAGGUGGACAGGCAGGGGUAACCAAAGCUACAGUUACAAUCACCUUUGACAAUACAGACAAGAAGCAGAGCCCUUUAGGAUAUGAAACUUUUGAAGAAAUUACAGUUUCUCGACAGGUUGUUAUUGGAGGAAGAAACAAGUAUCUAAUCAAUGGAUGUAAUGCUAACAACACCAGAGUUCAAGACUUAUUUCGUUCAGUCCAGCUUAAUGUCAACAAUCCUCACUUUCUUAUCAUGCAGGGCAGAAUAACUAAAGUACUGAAUAUGAAACCACCUGAAAUUCUGUCUAUGAUAGAGGAAGCUGCGGGAACUAGAAUGUAUGAGAGUAAAAAGCAGUCAGCACAACGCACCAUUGAGAAGAAGGACAGCAAACUACAGGAGAUUGAAACUAUUCUUGCAGAAGAAAUAACUCCAACCUUGACCAAACUUAAAGAGGAGAGGGCAUCUUAUCUUGAAUAUCAAAAGGUCAUGAGAGAGGUGGAGCACCUUUCAAGACUAUUUAUAGCUCACCAAUUUGUUAUGGCAGAGGAUGUACAGAAAAAGGCUGGAAUUGAACUGGAGAACAUUAAGCAGGAGAAUGUCAUACUAAAGAAGAGAUAUGAAGAGAUUGAAGGAAAAGUUAAAGAACUAAAGGCAGUUGUCUCUGAAUUAGAGAAGAAAAAGAUUGCCGAGUCUGGAUCAGCCCUGAAAGAACUAGAAAAAAAGCUUGAGGAGGUUUCCAAGGUUGAUGUCAAGACAGAAUCUGAUUUGAAACACACGAAGGACACUUUGGCAGCUGAGAAGAAGAAGAAAAAGGCACUUCUGAAAAGCCUUAAUGAUGAUCAAGCUCAGUUGAAGAACAAAGAAAAAGAGCUGAAGAAGCUGAAUGACCUUCUCAUCAAGCUAGAAGAAAAGAGCCAAGAAGACAGCAAGGCACUGAAAACAGCCCAAGAUCAUUUUCAUGCAGUGUCAGCAGGGCUAUCUAGUAACGAAGAUGGAGAAGACAAGACUCUUGCAGACCAGAUCAUGACUUUUAAGAAUGAAAUCAGCUCUGCUGAAACUGAAUCUAAGCAAGGCCAGAUGAGACUCAAACAUGCUCAGUCUGAGUUAAAGAAGAAACGAUCUGAGCUGAAGAACACAGAAAAGAGCUAUAAGAAGGACAAGGAUGUUUAUGAUGCAGUUGAAAAGAGUAAAUCCAAACUUGAGGAUGAAAUGAAGAAGCUGAAGUAUGAAGAAGGAAAAGAGGAAAAACUCAUUGCCAGAAGAUGUGAAUUGGAGGCUGAGGUUUCUGCCCUAAGAACAAAAGUGGAAACUCUUGAGGCAAAAUUUCCAAACCUUCAGUUUGAAUACAGAGAUCCAGAGACAGGUUUUGAUCGAAGACAGGUGAAAGGUCUAGUGGCACAACUGAUUCAAGUCAAAGAUGUUUCAACUGCUACAGGUCUGGAGGUGUCUGCAGGAGGAAAGGUAAGAUUCGAACCCAGGACACAUUGGUGGAAGGCGAGCGCUCUCACCACUGCGGCAACCCUGCUCCCCUAUGAAGCCAACCUAUGCUCCCCUAAGAAUAAAGGAGAGGAUUGUCAACUGGAGAAGCUUUUGAUUGUCACCUAUGACCCCAAAGUGCAAGCAAGGUCAGUGACCUUAGGUGGAGACUUGUUUGAUCCUCAGGGAACAGCCACGGGAGGUGCACGGGCAUCACAUUCUUCAAUCCUGGUCAAGCUGCAAGAAUUGAAUGAGGCACAAGCCACUCUACAAGACAAGGGUACACAGCUACAGGAUAUUAUCCAGGAGCUGGACACCUGUAAGAAAGUUGUGGAAAAAUAUCGCCAGAUAAAACAGCAGUAUGAUUUGAAAGUUCACGAAGCUGAACUUGUCCAGGCUCGCCUGAAGCAGAGCACUCAUCACCAUCAACUGGAGGAAGUUGAAGCUUUGCAGAAAACAGUUGACGAACAGCAAGAAUUGAUAUCAAAAGCGAAAGAAACAAUAGCAGUGGCAACUGAGAAGUGCAAAGAUGUUGAAAACAAGAUGAAGGAAGCAAAAUCUCAUCGCGAAAAAGAACUCAAUACAGCCGAGGAAGAAGUGAAAAAGAGUAAGAAAAAAGCUGAGGAGUCAACAAAGAACAUGAAAGCAAAACAACAGGAGGUCGAGGAGAUGAAGUUGGAAAUGGAAGAGCUAAAGAAUGAAGGGGCUAAAGUUGAUGAGCAAGUCAAAGCAGUCGAUGAAGCAAUUUCAAAAGCUGAGGAGCAAAUUGAAGAAAUUUCCGAGAGGGCGAAGGAAACAAAGAAAGCAGUGGAAGAGGCCGCUAAAGAGCUGGAUAAACAGAAAGAAGCCCUCAGAUCGUGUAAUGAGGCCAUCGGAGAGAAAGUGCAGGAGCAGCGGGACUUACAGAAACAAGGUCAGGAUAUUCAGCUGGAGCUAAAGGAGAUGGAUUAUAAAGUGAACAAAUUUCAACGGGAUAGCAAAGAAGCCGACAUGAAGGAUGUGUCUAGAAGGCUCAGUAAACUGCAAGAAACGAAGGACAAACUGGGAAAGAACGUGAAUAUGCGAGCAAUGAACAUGCUUGGAAAAGCUGAAGAGAAGUAUAAUGAUUUGAUGAAAAAGAAGCGAAUUGUCCUGAACGACAAAGAUAAGAUUGCAUUGGUCAUCAAAGAACUUGAUGAAAAGAAAAACGAAGCCCUUAGGAACGCUUGGAAGAAAGUGAACAUGGAUUUUGGCUCGAUAUUUUCAACUCUUCUUCCUGGAACCACAGCAAAGCUAGCUCCCCCAGAAGGACAUACGGAACUCGAUGGACUGGAGGUGAAAGUGGCCUUUGGAAACGUUUGGAAGGAAAGUCUCAGUGAACUAAGUGGUGGACAAAGGUCUUUGGUCGCGCUAUCUCUCAUCCUUUCCAUGUUGCUCUUCAAACCCGCUCCUCUGUACAUCCUCGAUGAAGUGGACGCCGCUCUGGAUCUGUCUCACACUCAAAAUAUCGGCCAGAUGCUUAGAGCCCACUUUAAGCACUCCCAGUUCAUUGUAGUGUCUUUGAAAGAUGGCAUGUUCAACAAUGCCAAUGUCCUCUUCAAAACAAAGUUUGUCGAUGGCGUGUCCACUGUCACGCGGUUCGCUCAGUCCCAGCCCUCUCGGGAUGGUCGGGAUGAAGAUGGAAGUGGAGCAAUGGGAAGGGGAGGGAAGAGCACUGUUAAGAAAAACCCCAGCAAGAGGUUGAGAACUGAUACUCCUGCCCAGCCUCUUAUGCCAUCCCAAGGUUGAGAGGGUCGGGUUAGGAGUACAAAUUUCUGGAAACGAGAGUAGCUACGGUUUUGUGAUGUUGCUUGCAGAGGUAUAAAGCUUACCAUCGUGUUUUUAUGUAUCAUAUUGAAAGUGUAGAGAAUUAACCUUAAUUGCGUUAUUUUAACACUGUUUAUCCCAUUAACCAUUAACCCUUUGGUAAACAACAGAUCCUUUUCUUCAAUUCGUUCUGGUCUACCCAAACGUAUAAUUCAAUAACAGAAGUGUAUUUGGGAACGUUUAGAAUUAGAAAUAUUUUGUGAUUUCAUAAGUUUGUUAUGCGCUCUGCAUAACUGUUACAAGAAUAUCUAAAUAAUUUGCGUGUACAUUCGUAUACUUCGUCUUGUAACAAUCAUACCUUAUUAUGAUCAGUAACUCUUGUGUAAAUAUUACUUACGUACCCGGCUAGAUAUAGUGCUCCAUAAACCCUAAACACCCUAACAUGAGAAGAUGUAUCCUUCUACUGCCUUGUGUGCAUUAUGGUAUUGAUAACGAGUGUUUUUUUUUUUUUUUUUUUUUUAACUAUGAAGAGCUUUUUAAGUUGGCAAUAAUUAUCUUUGUGCCAGUACCGUAAGAUGAAAUUAAACGUUAGAUUUAAGGGUUGACCUGUUAUUAUAGUUUCUCCCUUGCGAUGUUAAGUAUGUACUAUGUACUCAAGGAUGUAGCUAUCGGGACUUCUUAAGGUACACUUUACCAUGUUAAUAAAGCAAAGUGGCUGUCCCUCUCAUGUACUUGUUUUUUUAAUUCUUUGAUUAUAAAAGAUUCAUUGAGUCUUCCUACCAAGGUAGACUGUUGAUCUGCAAAACGGAAUGUAUCACGAUUUGCAAGUAUUGUUCGUUUGUAUGUGAGGUAACUACAGUGUUUCUUUGCAGCAAAUAAAUUAUAGAUGCCACUAAUUAUGCAUACAAACACAAAACCAGUGAUAGAAACUGUAAUUAAACUCUUUACACCCUA